AGAAGCAGAAUUGUUUGGAGGGCUCGCCUCGCAGUUUUGACAACAAUCACUAGAUCGUGCUGUUGCCAUUAACGGCUUUACCGUUAGCACAACUGUACAGCAUUACAGUAACAUUAUGUCUGGAAAUAAUUGGAAACAAAGAACACAGUGUUCUGCCAUCAACUGCAACAACUACCAGUGUACAAGCAAUGAACUAGCAUUUCAUAGAUUCCCCAAAGAUCCAGAGAGAUCUGCCAGAUGGGUGCAGAACCUGAGGAAUGCUAGCUUGACAGGGAUAAGCUUCCAGCGCCUCAAUCAGAACUACAGGGUGUGCAGUGCACAUUUCCACCCCAGCCAGUUUAAAAGGCCAUCAGAUGUCCAUGCAGGAUUGAACUGGAAUGCAGUGCCCACUAUGGUUAAUGCCCCUAUCCCACCGCCGCCACCACUGGACAUCGAGCACAAGAGAAAACCACCAAAGACACGCCAAGAGUUGCCACCAAAGAAACGGCAACAGAGUCACGCCACUGGUCCAUUUUUUGAGAAACAUAGCUUGCCUGAUGAGGAUGCCGUCGCAGGUUCUUCGUCGCCGCCACCAUCAACAGAUAAUAAGGCUGUUGCAGGACCUUUAUUACCACCACCACCACCACUGCAACCAGACCUGACAGACCUUACUAAAAAACUUUAUAAGCAAAUCAGGUCUCUGAAGUCACAGAUAUGCAAGCUGAAGGCAAAAGUAAGGAACCUCACUCGCCAGAAGACCAGCAAGUUGGAUGUGAAACAUGAACUGAAGAGACUGUUACCAGCCAAGUCUUAUGCUUUUUUCAGCACCCAGUUACGGAUGUGCCAGCGCAAGGCUAAUGGUUUCCGUUGGACCGCUCAAGACAAAGCUUUUUUCUUGUCUCUCCUACAUGCCAGUCCUAAGUGUUAUCGGCUGCUCUGCAGAGUCUUUUCGAUGCCAUCUGUCCGCACACUACAGAAGGCCAUUAAGUCUCCUGGGUUUAAACAGAGAAUUCUGUCCACUGAUUAAUUAAAUUAUAAUAAAACUAAAGACUAAAACAUAGAACAGCUAAUAUACUUACUGUUGUCAUUCUGUUUGUAGUAAAUUUGUGCACAAUGUUGUGAAAUGCAGGCAGAAAUGAUGUGGUGAUUUACUCACCAUCACCAAUUUUAUUACUGUCACCUACUCACUGUUCAGUGUGUUUUGGCUUUUUCAAGGAAUUUGUCCAUCAUUUCAUAAGGGACCUUGGGCUGUUGUUACUGGCGUUGUAAAACUGGGCUGCGUAUGAAAACGGGAGUUAUCCCCGAAAGUUAUUGGGGUAAAUAAAUAGCCUAUUUGA